AUGAGGGUGAUUGUUGACGUAUGCCAGAACACAGAUCUUGUGGAACUACUAUCUUUUGCGAAGUCACGCCAGAUGUGUAUAGUCGGCUUUCCUGACAAUCCUGAAUUAGAAUUCCUGCGUAGCAGUGAAGUGCCGAUUGCUGUUAAUUGGCGCACACCGGGAAAACUUGCAAGGUGCCCAAUGUUCUAUGAUACUAGGAAACGUGAUUAUCAGCGUUCAAAACAAUCCCGUCGCUUUGCUUGCUCAAGUUCCUCUGCUAGUGAAGACGACCACUAUCUUGCGUCUGGUAGUGGAUCAGUAACCCCACCGUCCACUCGGUGGAAGAAAAAUCGUAACGUCAGGUCUCCGAAAUGGAAAAAACGUAGACAAGACAACAAUGUACCGAAAACCAAGUGCAAGAAGUGUUCUACGUUGGUCGCAAGUAGUCCAAUUUUGGCGUUGUUCACGCAUGCUAAUAUUCACUCCAAUUUUGUCCGCUAUAAAUGUGGUGGUUGUAACUUCCAACACAGAACCUAUCAAAAAGUCCGCAUGCACAUCGAAACUGUACAUCGCGGUGAUCCUACCAUCAAACAUCACGACCAAAUGAACGAAUACGAGCGCAUGCAGAUGAGACAGCUCGCACAUGAAUGCUUUCCUACCUAUAUAGUCAGCCCAGCUGUCUUUUCAAACGACAUUUCAAAAAUCAAGAACAAUACUUCUUCGAAUAUUACAAAAGCACAUUGCGGAUCAAAGGAGAUGUCUGUCCCUCAUCCCCCGAAUUAUACGUAUCGGGACAACAACUACUUGAAGAAAGUCGAGUCAGAUUUUCCAGUUCACAGUGAGGACGUAGGUUGUCGUAACACAACAACGGAAGAAAUCUACGCCUAUGACUCAGAUUGUAUUAUUCUCGAGUGA